AUGGAGCCGGGAAAAAUUGAGCCAAGUGCUCCUCCUGUCGAAUAUCAAGGCACUGGAAAUAAUGCUGUUCAUCCCGUGGUAAGUUUGAAAAAUUUAAGGUCCUUAAUGUUUUUCCUGAGGUUUCUAAUGUUCUUAAGGUUUUUAUUUUCCGGAGACUCACCUUAAGGACCUUAACUUUACCGUUCUCCCUAAGCCUAAUCAUACUCUUUAAGGUAGUUCCAAUUCAAACUACAACAGUGAUGAUUGUUGGAACAAAAGAUGCACCAUCUUUCGAAUCUUAUCAAGAAGCGUGUCAUGUUUGUAAGGUAAUAAUUCACAUAAUUAUUUAAUUACUCAUCUAAUUAUUUAAUUUCAGCUAACAGUUGCAACACGUGUCGAAUAUGUGAUGGGAACCCGUUCGUGGGUAAUGAUUAUCUUGGGAAUCUUUCUUUUCUGCCCACUUUUGUGCUGUUUUUGCUGUGAAUGUUCCAAAGAUGCCAAACAUUAUUGCCCCAAAUGCAAUUUGCUUCUUUCAGUCAAAAAACGCUGA